AUGGUAGACGCCUCGCAGAUCUACGACAUCUACUGCGUGAUCAACAUCGAUGUCAACGUCACACACAUCUUCGGACAGCUUAUCUUCACAGCGAUAGAUAUCACCUCAACUCUCACUUUGCGCUCCAGUCUAAAACGCUCGAUACCUCCCAUAAUGCCUCCCCUCUUCACCACUCUCACCAGCUCGGGUGAUGCUGCCUCGCCCAAGAAGCGCCGGAACCUCCUGGGCAGGCCGGCAUUCUUCUCUCGCCCGUCCGUGGCGAGCACGGCCAGCUCAACCACCACGCUCGUCCCUCUUGAGUCGACCGUCAGUCACCCUCCUGCGGUGGACGACAAGGCGCCUGCUCUACCCUCCAAUGGAUCGGUCGAUCUCAACAAGCUCGCCGGUCCGGCCAACCUCAUCAUCGCCAAUCCUUCCCUCCCUACCGCCGUAGCAGACGCUACGGAACAGCUCAUCGUUUCCCUCCUCCCCUCGGCGCUGAGCAACACAUCUCUUGGUCCCGGCUCGGCACCUACCGGUCCUACACCCAGCAACUCCAUCGGCGGGAUCAGCGCGUCCACAAGCCGGAACACUGUCCUACCAGCCAGUCACCCAAUCCUCAACAGCUCGGUGUCGACCUUCCUCCCACCUUCCCUCUCGCUCGGCUUCGAGCUGCAGGAGAGCGCCAAGGCCCUCCCAACUUUGGCGUCGGCGAUCAAGCUGCCAUCCCCUGCUAGGCCGGAAGGAGGUGCUGAUCCGGCGGAGAAGAUCGGGGCGGAGAGCAUCAUCACUCGGAAACCGGUCCCCGCGCUGUCGGACAUCCCUACCUCCCAGACAGCUGUACCUGCACCCUCUCUUCCCGCUCAGACGACCAUCACUGCCGGGCCCCAGCCGUCACUCCCCCGCUCGACAUCCGGUACUUCCAUCUUUGGCUCGUCCCGGCUCGCCCGCAUGACCUCCCGGUCGUCCAUCAAGCCCCAUGAGCCAGAGCCCAGCGGCAAGCGGUCGGUGUCGAACGGAGCAGCUGGAGCGGGCGGGAUGAGUCUUGGACGCCGCAUCAGCCGUCGUCUGAGUAUCGACGGGCUCCGGCCCAUGUUUGCAGGCGCUUCCACCAAGCGGAAGCCCGAGACCGGGCGGGAAGGGGGCAAGCUGGACAUUCAACGCUGGGCACAGGGCGCUGCGUCUGGGUGUGAAGCUGGCGAGGCGCCCCCUAUCAUACCGGCUGGUGCUGAGCCGGAGAUAGCGAAGGAGAUGGAGAAGCCAAAGACGGAAGCGGCCAAGGCAAAGGAGCGCCUCGUCCUCCCAAACAUACGUACCUGGCGGAACAAGUUCUCCACCAAGGCUGCGCCGGCCCCUCGGCCGAAACCUAGUACGGGCGGACAAAGCUAUACCGAGUCGGUCCGCAGUCAGAAGUUGGACUCUUGGGUUGAUGUCGGGUCGGUACGAUCGAAUCUGAGCGGGUAUGCCGGGACGCAGGGGCAGCAGGGUUCGGUCCGGGGAUCGACGAGGGGGAUGUUUGGCGCGUUGAAGCGGAUGGAGGCGGAGGGGAGUCCAGCUAUUAGUGUUGUUGAAGCGUCUGAGCCUACUGGGAUCGAAAUGAACCAUAUGAGCCCUCCUAACAUCCCCCUCCCCGCCGAGCCUGCUAUUCCAGACGCAUCUCCCCUUGAUCCCUCUGCUCGGCGCUCGACAGAGCUCCUCGACUCGCUCCUAGCCCCAGAGCUGACCACACCGGACGUCCCCACCGUCUCCGCCCCGUCACCACCCGCGCCCGAUGUCAUGUCGCCCGCUAAUGACGACAAAACACUCCUUGAGCCAGUCCACUCCCCAACGCCUGGACUCACGGAGGCACCGGCUUCUGACGUCCCACAGCCUACCGAGGCAGAGGAGAUCAUUCGGGAUGUCAGGGAGGCCGCCGCCGUCAAGGAGGACACGGUCGAGGGGUCCACAUCUACCACAUCUCUUACGGCCGGACUCCCGCACAACGAGUCGGGCUUCUCCUUCCACACUGCCAAAUCCGCACCCUCAUCCGACGACAUGCAAAAGACGGGCGGUCUCACUGCGUCGCUCAGCAAGUCUCUGUUGGACCUCUCCUCUUCCUCCUCUAGCCUCAUCGAGAAAACGGAGCGAGAGCAGGGCGAGGGAUGGUGGUCUGCCCCUCGGAACCGGCCGGUCCAGACCCGGUCGUCCUUCAUCGCACCUAGAUCCGAGGACAAGGAGAACAUCCUCCACCGCCGCAGGUCCGGUGACCCGCGGCGCCAGUCCUCGCCAUCAGUCCUCCCAGAGAGGCGCUCGAUCGUCGGAUCCGUAGUCGCCAAACUCGAAUCGGCCAAUACAGCCGCUCUGAAUUCACCUCGGCGAAGCAUCCUCCGCCCGUGCAAGCUGCAAUUCGCCGAUGCGGAUGAGGACGGGGAUGACACGCCUACUCGACCAUCCUCCAGGCGGGCGUUCAAGGACGGCGCAACAGAUCUCGCUCGAGCUGGAACACCCACUUCCAGCCGGCACCGCCGGAACUCCACCAAUGACUCAUUUGCCCACCUCUUCUUCGGGCCCGUAGCCGGCUCGUCAAUAGCCCCUCGUCCGACCGCUGCACACCUACAACUGCUGGAGGACUUCAAGUCUGCCAAGGAGCGACACAUGAUCGAGAUGGAUGCGAUGAUAGCGGCGCUCAAGGGGACCAAGGCGGAGAAUCAGGAUCUGAGGGACAGGAACACACGGCUCGGGCGGAUGCUGAACGAAGAGACGGAUAAGCGAAUUGCGCUGGAGAGUAAGAUCAGCUCAUUGCAGCAGAUACUGAAGGAGGCUACGGGGAUUGAUGUAGCGGGACAGUCAGAAAGCUACCGUGAUUCUGUACACGGACACGCAUCGGUCCGCCGAAACAAGCCGAUUUACGACAAGUAUGACCAGUCGUCGCCUGCUCGAAGGCGGAGGGGAGUCCGCGGUGAUCUCGAGGCGGAUGAGUUUGGGCGAUUGGAUGGUUCCCCGCUUGAUAGGAGUAGGAGAUAA